UCUAGCGGGAGUCCUACCCCGGGUUGGACGUAUCGUAUGAGUCGGUAUAAAUCGGGAGCGUGUCUCUGAAGUUUAACUGGAGUUAACGAAGACAAAGUUAUAGUGAAAAUAUUGAUAAAAUUGUUUAACGUUCGACUUCUGUUCAUAUAAAAUUUAUGGUCAAUUUUUAAUUGGCUUGGAAUCAUGUUAAUCUUUCUUUUUACAACUAUUUUAAUUGCUAAAGCCGGCAAAGCACAGCUAAGCGAAGACAGUUGCGACUCAAGCGAGCUACAAAUAUGUGUCGACAUGAUAAAGCAAAUACGGACGCCCGUCGGCUUACCUCGUACUAAGGAAGAAUUGGAUGCACAUUGCCAAGCUUAUCAGACAGGCAUGAGUUGUAUGGACGCAUGGAUCAAACGCUGUUUGCCAACUGACGGCCAGAAGCUUGUACAACAACAAACUGGUGGGGCACGAGCCCUAAUGCGAUUCCUAUGUACUAAUGAAACAGCCUUACGAAAAGAUUUUCUAAAGGAGCUGACAUGUUGGGCGAUAAUAUCGCCAGUCUGGUCACACUGCGUGGACGAGCUACAAAUAGCAGCGCGCGACAUAACCGAACGCUCAAAUCACAUGGUUUACUUCAAUAAAAACGCAGAACUCUGCUGCGCUCGUGAUUUAUUCAUGUCGUGCGUGGCUAUAGCCGGGCGCGCCUGUUCGUCGUCCGCCGCCAGCUUACUUAGGCGCAUGGCGUGGGUACUCGCGCAAGACGUCGCAGCCUGUAGCGUUCAGCCACGUGCUCACUGUUCUGCAACUCUAGCACAAAUCACUCCAAUACUCACAGCAAUGUCCGGAGUUUUACUUUACCCUCCAAGAGUUUAGAUUUUUUUAUAUAAAUAUACAUACAUACGUAGUGAAGGUUCCUAAACAGAGUUGUGUAUCACGAAUAUAAGGUGUAAUUAAGAUAGAUCCUACCAUUGUUAUUUAUGAUUAACAUAAUUUCGAUUGUACCUAAAAAUAAUUUGAUUCAUCAGUAGUAUAAUUCAAAAGAAUUGUAAUGUGUUCUAAACUAUUAUUCUUCAACAAAGUUGUAAAUAUAGAA